UCUCAUUCGGCGGGCAUGCACUAGAAGGGUAGCGAAGGGUAUUAGGGUAGUGUGGUAGUAGUCACUGGUCUCUGCGUCAUCACAUCAUCAUGCCCAUCCCAUUCCGUAGCCAGAGGCCCCCGUCGCCACCCCCAGCCAGCCAGCCAACCACCGCCUCCCAAGACCGCCACUAUCUCCCAGACGACAAGCCUGUGUACUCGUGCCAUUCCUGCUCCGAGGCCAUCGCGCUGCAAGAUGAGCUCGUGUCAAAGGCGUUCAAUGGACGAUCAGGACGAGCAUACUUGAUGAACUCGACCAUCAACACCUCCCUAGGCAAGACCGAAACCCGCAAACUCCUGACCGGCACACACACAGUCGCCGACCUCAUCUGCGCCACAUGCCAGUCAUCGCUCGGGUGGAUGUAUAUCAAAGCGCCCAACGGCGAGCAACGGUAUAAAGAAGGUGCGUUCGUCUGUCUGUAAAUGGAACCCUGGGGAGAGGGACUGAUACGUGGGGUGGUGGUUAGGGAGGUAUAUUUUGGAGAUGGCAAAGGUUGUGAAGGAGAACAAGUGGUAGCGGGGUGCGCACAGUACGAGUAGCCUGGGGUUUUGUGUUUGCUUUGUAUGAUUUCGUUGCUGACUUGUCGGUUCUUUUGUAUCUCUAUCUCUUGAUGAUUGUUGUAAAUGCCCUUCAUGUAUACCUGUUGCUCUUGA